ACCCCAGGCCAUUUCUCCUGGACGGAGAGUUAUUACCGCUCCACCAUGCCUCAAGGCUCGCAGGCAAGAGAAUAUGGCCGUCCGGAAGUUUUCCAGCAAAUCUGGGAUAUCCUCGAUCAUCAGCCGAUCUGCUCGGUUCAGCCCAUCGACUUGAAUUUCCUGGAGGAGCAAACGGAAAAUGGCCCCGCGAACAAAAUUGAGAUCAGCAUGGAUUGCAUUCGGAUGCAGGAUUCGGAGAUCAGAGACCCAAUGUGGCCACAGUAUACAAACCUGGGGCUCCUCAACAGCAUGGACCAGCAGAUCCAAAAUGGCUCCUCGUCCACAAGCCCGUACAACACGGACCACGCUCAGAACAGCGUGACGGCACCCUCCCCCUACGCCCAGCCCAGCUCAACCUUUGACGCCCUCUCGCCCUCGCCGGCCAUCCCCUCCAACACAGACUACCCAGGACCUCACAGCUUUGACGUCUCAUUUCAACAAUCCAGCACUGCCAAGUCGGCCACAUGGACGUACUCCACCGAACUGAAGAAGUUGUACUGCCAGAUCGCCAAGACGUGUCCCAUUCAGAUCAAGGUGAUGACCCCCCCUCCCCAGGGUGCCGUCAUCCGUGCCAUGCCCGUUUACAAGAAAGCGGAGCACGUCACCGAGGUGGUGAAGCGCUGCCCCAACCACGAGCUCAGCCGGGAAUUCAACGAAGGUCAAAUAGCUCCUCCCAGCCACCUGAUUAGAGUGGAAGGAAACAGCCACGCUCAGUAUGUGGAGGACCCCAUCACUGGCAGGCAGAGUGUUCUGGUCCCCUACGAGCCACCGCAGGUCGGCACAGAAUUCACCACCGUCUUGUACAAUUUCAUGUGCAACAGCAGUUGCGUCGGGGGCAUGAACAGGCGCCCGAUCCUUAUCAUCGUGACGCUUGAAACCAGAGAUGCCAGCCCUCCCCGUGGCUGUGAGCUAACAGACCCCCCAUUUUCUCCAUCCUCCAGCGGGCAAGUCCUGGGGCGCCGGUGCUUCGAGGCUCGGAUCUGCGCUUGCCCGGGCAGGGACCGCAAAGCCGACGAGGACAGCAUUCGGAAGCAGCAGGUCUCCGACAGCACAAAGAACGGUGAUGGUACGAAGAGGCCCUUCCGGCAGAAUACACACGGCAUCCAGAUGACUUCGGUCAAAAAACGGCGCACUCCCGAUGAUGAGCUGCUAUACCUACCAGUGCGAGGCCGGGAGACUUAUGAGAUGCUGCUGAAGAUCAAGGAGUCUCUGGAGCUGAUGCAGUACCUCCCCCAACACACCAUUGAGACGUACCGGCAGCAGCAGCAGCAACAACAACAACACCAGCACCUGUUGCAGAAACAGAAUUCCAUCCAGUCCCAGUCUUCCUAUGGCUCCACCUCUCCUCCGCUCGGAAAGAUGAACAGCAUGAACAAGCUGCCCUCUGUCAGCCAGCUCAUCAACCCACAGCAGCGGAAUGCCCUGACGCCCACCUCGAUGCCCGACAGCAUGGGAGCCAACAUUCCAAUGAUGGGGGCCCACAUGGCAAUGGCCGGCGACAUGAACGGGCUCAGCCCAACCCAGACGUUGCCCCCUACCCUCUCCAUGCCAUCGACAUCCCACUGCACCCCACCACCUCCCUACCCAACAGACUGCAGCAUUGUCAGUUUCUUAGCAAGGCUGGGCUGUUCCUCCUGCGUGGAUUAUUUCACGGCGCAAGGGCUGACCACCAUCUAUCAGAUUGAACACUACUCCAUGGAUGAUCUGGUGAGCCUCAAAAUCCCGGAGCAAUUCCGCCAUGCCAUUUGGAAAGGCAUCAUGGAUCACCGGCAGAUCCACGACUUCUCCUCCGCCCCCCACCUCCUGCGCAACCCUGGGGCCGCCUCCGCGGUCAGCGUGGGCCCCAGCGAGACCCGCGGGGAGCGUGUCAUCGACGCCGUGCGCUUCACCCUCCGCCAGACCAUCUCCUUCCCUCCCCGCGACGAGUGGAGCGACUUCAACUUUGACCUGGAUGCCCGCCGCAACAAGCAGCAGCGCAUCAAGGAGGAAGGGGAGUGAGGAACCAGCCUGCUGUGGCUCUCCCUCCCUGCCUCCCCCUGCCCCACACCGAUGGACCUCUGGGCUGCUCCUGCCUCUCCCUGCUACUCUGAGGUGGUGCGAGGGGCUUGGAGAGGGCAGGGGGGUGGCAUGUGCUCUUCAGCGCUAGCUUGCAGCCUCCAUGCUUUGCCGGAAGCGCAGCUGUUUUGUAUUUUCUCGCAAGCCAUAGCUUUCGUUUGUUGGGGAGGGGGAGGGGUGUCUGGAGAAAUGCGGAUUCCCCCAGUUGUGGCACUUGACCCUUCCCGCUUCCGCCGAACUGGACCAGCUGCAGUGUGCCCCCACGUGUGACCAGACCAAAUAUCCCGUGCAAACUUCUGUAUGGAUCCCUUUCUGUGUGGAUCCCUUUCUCAGGUGCCUUUCCAGGUGCUUGUUUUAAGGGUUUUAAGGGUUCAAUGCUUUUGGGGAGGCCUCUCAUCUGUGACAGCAUUGCCUAGUGGUUGGAGUUUGAUAUUUCCAAGUUUGAAUAAUGACAUCUUAACAACACUGAGGUUCAGGGUGCGAUGCACAUUGGACUCCAUGGCCAAUCUGGCCAUCACAUGCUCUGCAUAGUGGGUUUCCUGCUGUCCAACCUUUCAUUUUAAGUUUUGCUUUUGGGGGUUAGAGAUGGUUUUUUGGUUGGGGUAGUCCACUUCAUUCCUUCACCCCCGCCAAUUCUUCCUUCAGCAGCAAAUGCAAAGAAACUCUUGACCAGGAAUUCCUUAGCAGAUUCCCUUUGAGAUCACCAAAUAUGCCUGCCCGCCCCCCCAUUAUAUUUGGGCUUGCGAAAUCUCCCCUUGAAGCAAACGUGUAAAUACGAGGAGAGUUGCCUCUGCGUCAGAUUUCACUUACCAUUUCAAUGAGUGGGUUAUUUGAGCAAGAUCUCGGAUUUUCCUUAACUUCUGAUCAGGGUUUCAUGAAUCGCCUUGCCACAUAAAUGCAGUCGGGGGCUGGCUUCUGUGGUUGGAUCUGUAUUUUCCCUUCUUUCCUUCCUUUCUCACCACCUGCCUUUCAGGAAAACUAGUUCCUGAGAUAUCUGCUGUAGACUGACUGCACUAGACAAGACAUGCUAGAGACCAUGAAUUCCCAAUGGGGCAGAUCUUCCUGGUGUUUUCGUGCCUGUUUACUGUCCUGUCAUCUCGUUCUACCAUGCAAGAGUCUUUCCCUGAACCCCUUUCCCUCUCCUCAACACAUCCCCAGGCUGCAAAUUUCUACUGACAAACCCACUACUGCCAAAUAGGCUCUGACUUCUUGCAGAUACGUUCCUCUCGCGCCUAGAAUGGAGUCAAUGAACUUUUCUUUUUUCCAUGUAAACAUUGUAAGUACAGUUUUGUUUUGUUCUAUGUAUAAUUUUGUCAUGUACUUGGUCAAUCAUUUAUUGAGGGGUGGGGUUUUUUUUGAUAAAAAAAUGUAUUUCUCUUUGGGGAUUUGGGGCUUUUCAGAACCACAUUUUGUUUGCAUUUUUUUAUUUUUUUUAUUUUUUAAAGAAACAAACAAACCACACGAUUUUAUGGGAAAGGCUUAUAUCUGCGUAAUGACUUUCAAAGUGUUUGUGAUAUUGACCUUAAUGAAACACGAUUACAAAGAGAGGAGGGGAGUGAUUGCAAAAAAAACCCCUCUCUCGGGGG